AUGAAGGGCUAUGGGGAAAUGACAUCUCCAGCUCUUGUUGCUAAGGAAACUCAUCACAUAGAAACUUCCACCUCUGCAGUGCUUGUCUCCUACAAGGAUGAAAUCAUGCAACAGGAAAUCAGGCCUUUGGUGGCAGUGGAUAUAAUUGAACAACUUCACAGACAGUUUGCCAUUCUCUCAGGAGGCCGAGGGAAAGACGGUGCCCCCAUCAUCACUUUUCCAGAGUUUGUGGGGUUCAAACACAUCCCAGAGGAAGACUUCCUGAAUGUCAUGACCUACCUGACUAGCAUCCCCAGUGUGGAGGCUGCCAGCAUUGGAUUCGUCAUUGUUAUUGACCGACGAAGGGACAAGUGGAGCUCCAUAAAAGCAUCAUUAACACGAAUAGCUGUAGCAUUUCCAGGAAAUUUGCAGCUUAUAUUCAUCCUUCGUCCAUCUCGCUUUAUCCAGAGGACAUUCACUGACAUUGGCAUUAAGUAUUAUCGAGAUGAAUUUAAAAUGAAAGUGCCGAUCAUUAUGUUAAACUCUGUCUCUGACCUUCAUGGCUACAUUGACAAAAGCCAACUGACAGAAGACUUAGGGGGAACUUUGGAAUAUCGCCAUAGUCAGUGGAUAAAUCAUCGAACUGCCAUUGAAAACUUUGCCGUGACAUUGAAGACUACUGCCCAGAUGCUCCAGAUGUUUGGGGCCUGCCUAGCCACAACAGAGCUGCCCAGGGGCCUGCUGUCCACUGAAGACCUCCUCAUGUCCCACACAGGGCAGCGGGACAAGCUGCAGGAUGAGCUGAAAUUACUUGGAAAGCAAGGGGCCACACUGCUGUCAUGCAUUCAAGAACCAGCAACCAAAAGUCCCACCAGAAAACUCAAUCCCAAUCAGCUAGAGAAUGUAGCAACCAUGGAAAGGUUAUUACUUCAAUUGGAUGAGACAGAAAAAGCCUUUAAUCAGUUUUGGUCCGAGCAUCACUUGAAGCUUAGUCAAUGCCUACAACUACAACACUUUGAGCACAAUUUUCAUGAGGUUAAGCGUGCCCUGGACAAUUUGUUGGCAGAGCAAGCAGAGUUUACAGACAUCGGAGACAGUGUGAUACGUGUGGAACAACUUCUUAAGGAACACAAAAAACUGGAAGGAAAAGGCCAGGAGCCCUUGGAAAAGGCCCAGCUGCUUGCAGUAAUUGGGGACCAGCUCAUCCAAAGCCACCACUAUGCGGCAGACUCCAUCAGACCCAGGUGUGUAGAGCUCAGGCACCUCUGCGAUGACUUCAUCAAUGAAAACAAGAAAAAAUAUGACAUUUUAGAAAAGUCCUUGGAGUUGCAUAGACAACUGGACAAGGUCAGCCAAUGGUGUGAAGCAGGAAUCUACCUUUUGGCUUCCCAAGCUGUAGACAAGUGCCAGUCACGAGAGGGAGUUGACGUUGCCUUGAACGACAUUGAGGCAUUCCUGGGCACUGCGAAGGAGUACCACUUGCCCAGCCACAUGGAGUUUUACAGCCAGUUCGAGUUGAUACUCACCCUUGACCUAAAGGCCAAAGCCCAGGAAGUCCUACAGAAGCUGGGUGAUGUGCAGGAGAUAUUUCACAAGAGGCAAAUGAGCCUGAUGAAACUGGCAGCCAGACAGACUCGCCCGGUGCAACCCGUGGCCCCUCAUCCUGAGUCCUCCCCAAAAUGGGUGUCACCGAAAACCAGCCAGCCCUCCACCUUGGCUCCUCUUCAGAGAACAUCAGAGGAACCUUGUACAGGGACAGUAGAAAAAGAUGAUAAAACUAAAUUUGAAAUCAAGAAUGAAGAAAUACUGGAAAGCAGUCACGAUGGGGCAAACCCUGAGCCAGAGCAGCUUGAUGGCCCUGCACAUCUUUCCCCCUCCAGACGCAUUAUACGUGACUUGCUUGAGACCGAAGAGAUUUAUAUAAAAGAGAUUAAGAGCAUAAUUGAUGGAUAUAUCACUCCAAUGGAUUUUAUUUGGCUGAAGCAUCUGAUUCCAGAUGUUCUUCAGAAUAACAAGGAGCUUCUCUUUGGGAAUAUUAGAGAACUUUAUGAAUUUCACAACAGGACUUUUCUAAAAGAAUUGGAAAAGUGCACCGAAAACCCUGCACUUCUGGCACGUUGCUUUCUCAAGAGAAAAGAAGAUCUUCAAAUGUAUUUUAAAUACCAUAAGAAUCUGCCCCGAGCUAGGGCAAUCUGGCAAGAAUGUCAAGACUGCGCCUUCUUUGGGGUGUGCCAGCGCCAAUUGGAUCACAAUAUCCCUCUUUUUAAGUAUCUUAGAGGACCAAGCCAGAGGCUUCUAAAAUACCAGAUGCUGUUAAAGGGUCUGCUGGACUUUGAAACUCCUAAGGAUUGGGAGAUAGACCCAGGAGACCAGGAAGGAGGUUCAGCUAAGAAUGGGCCAAAGAGGACCAAGGAUUCAGCAUUCUUAGCUGAACUACAACAAGCUUUGGCCAUGAUGGAGGAUUUGAUCAAGUCCUGUGAGUUGGCCGUGGACCUGGCAGCAGUCACUGGAUGUCCGGAUGACAUCAGGAAACUGGGCAAGCUGUUGAUGCAUGGCUCUUUCAGUGUCUGGACAGUUCACAAGGAUCGUUAUAAAAUGAAGGAUUUUAUUCGAUUUAAGCCCAGCCAGAGGCAAAUCUAUCUUUUUGAAAGAGGAAUCGUGUUCUGUAAGAUACGAAUGGAGCCCAGUGACCAGGGCCUAUCUCCUCAUUACAGCUUUAAGAAAUCCAUGAAGCUGAAGACACUUUCAGUUCGCCAGCUUGGAAGAGGGAGCAACAGAAAGUUUGAAGUUGCCAACCGAAAUGGACUUGAGAAAUACAUCCUGCAGGCAACUUCAAAGGAAAUCAGAGAUUGUUGGUUUUCAGAAAUAAGUAAAUUACUAAUGGAACAGCAAAACAAUAUUAAAGGCUGCUCCAGCAAGGAGUUUACCUCCAUGGAAACCUUUGACCAUCCCGAAGGUGCAGAAGAUAUGGAAAAGGAGAACAGUGCUCUGAGUCUGUCCGGACUCUUCCAGUUGGACGACAGUUAUGAAACGUGUUCCUCCAAAUCUGUCCUGGAAACGGGAGAAAGCGUCCAGGGGAAAAAGGAAAGCGGCGAUGAAGACGUUUGA